AACCAAAAUCAAUUCCUUUGCAAUCAAAGGAUCCAGCUCUCACUGCUUCCCUGUUGCCCCCACCCAAUCCUUCUAUUUCAAAGCAAACUCAGCACUCCAACAAAAAAAAAAAAAGGAAAAAGGAAAUCGAAAGUUAAAAGAGAAGAAAUUAUGGGUAUUGAAAUGGAAUCGUUAAAGAGCUUAACCGGCGGCUGGACAGUGGCAGCGAGACGGUGUGAUUCGUGCAAAACGGCAGCAGCAGCCGUGUUCUGCAGAGCUGACUUGGCUUUUCUUUGUUUAAACUGCGACGCCAAAAUUCAUGCCGCUAAUAAGCUUGUUUCCAGGCACGAACGCGUGUGGAUGUGUGAAGUAUGCGAACAAGCACCUGCUGCUGUCACUUGUAAAGCUGAUGCUGCUGCUCUUUGUGUCACCUGUGAUGCUGAUAUUCACUCUGCUAAUCCUCUCGCUCGCCGACACGAACGUGUUCCUGUCGAGCCUUUCUUCGACUCUGCCGGGUCUAUUGUUAAGUCCUCCCCGUUUAAUUUCUUAGUCCCGACUGAUCAUAAUGGCGCUGGCUCUGCUGCGUUUAAUCAUCAACAGCAUGAGGAUGAUGACGUAGAGGGUGUUUCUUGGCUUUUACCCAAUCCAUCAUCAACUAUGAUUAAUUCGAAACUUGGUGGUAUAGAGAAUCAUGAAAUGAAAUCAGGUCAUGGUGGUGGUGGUGGCAGCGGUGAUUUGUUUUUCACUGAAAUGGAUCCGUUUCUCGAUUUGGAGUUCCAUCAGAAUAACAAUCACAGUAGUGCUGCUAAUGAUAGCGUUGUGCCAGUACAGAUUACUAAGCCAGCAGCUGCAUCAUCAAUUCCAGUCAUGAACAAUGAUAUUUGUUAUGAUAUUGAUUUCUGUAGAACAAAGCUUUCAUCUUUUAACUACCCAACUCAGUCUCUCAGCCAAAGCGUUUCUUCUUCAUCGCUUGAUGUUGGGGUUGUUCCAGAUGGGAGUUCUACAUCGGAUAUAUCAUACCCUUUCGGCCGAAACAUGAAUACAUGUACCGAUCCAAGUGGCCCAAUAUCGGGUAAUAGCACAAAUCAAGCUGCUCAGAUGUGCGGGAUUAAUCGUGAAGCUAGAGUACUCAGAUACAGAGAGAAGAGAAAGAAUAGGAAAUUCGAAAAGACUAUACGCUAUGCUUCCCGCAAAGCUUACGCCGAAACAAGGCCGAGAAUCAAAGGCCGGUUCGCGAAACGAACCGAAAUUGAUACGGAUAUGGACCGCCUAUACAACUCUCCUUCCUCAGUGUCUUACCUUGGAGAUGCCCAAUACGGCGUCGUUCCAACGUUUUGAUAGACAGAGAGAAAGAGGGGUAAUUUCGACAAGUGGUGAAGAAGUUACUUUUGCUAAGCAUAAUUAAUUGUUAUUAUUGGAAGCAGAAAAAUAGAAUAAUCCUCCACUAAGAUGGUGUUAAUUAGUGGUUGUUGGUGAUUAAGAUUUUCUGUGUAAAUUAGUCUUUUUUAAUCCUUUGGUCUAUUUGCAGUAACAGCUGUUAAGAAAGCCCAGUAACUUUUUUUUUCAAUCUUAGGGCUUAUCAUCUUAUGUACUCAGAUUUUUCUUUUCUAGUAAAUGGUUUUGUUUCCUGCAUUUAAAAAAAUUAA